AUGGAGAACAGAUCUAAAGUGAAUGAGUUCAUCCUUACAGGAUUAACAGAUGACCCAGAGCUUCAGGUUCCUCUCUUCAUCAUGUUCACCCUCAUCUAUGUCAUCACCCUGGUAGGGAAUAACCUCUCUUUGGUAGAUUUUGGCUACUCCUCAACUAUUACUCCCAAGGGGAUGGCAAGACUCCUUACAGGGGACAAGGGUAUCUCCUAUAAUGGCUGUGAUAUGCAGUUGUUCUUCUUUGAGACCUUUGCUGUUACUGAAAGUUUUCUCUUAGCCUCUAUGGCCUAUGAUCGCCAUGCAGCUAUCUGCAAACCUCUACAUUACACCACCACCAUGACAUCAACUGUUUGUGCAUAUCUGGCCAGUGGUGCUUACAUCUGUGGUUUUCUGUCCUCCUCCAUAGUCAUAGGAAACACGUUUAGCUUUUCCUUUUGUAGGUCCAACAUACUCCAUCACAUUUUCUGUAAUAUUCUCCCUCUCCUAGCUCUCUCUUGCUCUGAUAUUCACAUCACAGAGUCACUAGUCUUUAUCUUAGUGUCACUCAAUGCCUUUUUUCCGUUUCUUGUCAUCCUUACUUCUUAUUUGUUAAUCUUCAUCACCAUCCUGAAAUCCUGUUCUGUUGAUGGUUGCCAGAAAGCCUUCUCCACAUGUGCUUUCCAUCUCACAGCAGUGUUCAUAUUUUAUGGGACAAUCAUCUUCAUGUACUUCCAACCCAGCUCAAGCCAUUCCAUGGACACAGACAAAAUAGUGUCAGCGUUCUACACUAUGGUCAUCCCCCUGUUGAACGCUCUGGUCUAUAGUCUUAGGAACAAAAAUGUCAAGAAUGCUUUUAGAAAAGCU